UUUUGAAUUGCGUGCGCUGAGUUUUGUCCCUACGUGGCAUCCGUAUCAACUUGGUUAAGCCAAGAUGGCGGCCACCACCGUUGGAAACGAUCUUUUAGACAAUGAUCUUCCCACUGCUGUGCGUCUACUCAACAGUCUCACAGAACAGGUUGCUUCAGUAACAAGUCAUGUCCGGGACCUGAUAAAGAAAGUCAGAGAGAAAGCUUAUCAGACCUCAAAGGUUUUAGAGAAGAUGCGUCCACUAGAUCAAAAGCUGAAAUAUCAGAUUGAUAAAUUAGUGCGGACCGCAGUAACAGGCAGCCUUGCUGAGAAUGACCCUCUACACUUUCGCCCUAAUCCUCAGAAUCUGGUCAGCAAGCUGAGUGAAUCUGAGAACUCCGAUGAGGACGACAAUGGAGGAAACUCAAAGGGGCUAAAAGAUCCCUCAGCCAGCAGGAAAUACGUACCUCCUCGAAUUGCUCCAGUGCACUAUGACGGAGACAUGACAGAAGCAGACCGGCAGAAGGAGCAGAUCGAUAAACAGAAGAGAGCGGCACUCCGCAGCUCUGUGAUCCAGGAGCUCCGACAGCAAUACAGCGAUGCUCCUGAGGAGAUCAGAGACCGCAGAGACUUCCAGACCGAACGGGAAAGCCGAGAAGAACUCAACAGGUACAUGACAUGAACGUUUAUGGAAAUA